AAAUAAACAGCGACCACAACAUUUCAUACGUCGUGAUGACAUGAUAAUACUAUUUCCGACAUUGACCGGAAGUACAUUUUUUGCUGAUCGUUAAGAAGACGAACCUCGCUUGAAUAUGAAUACUCGUGGCCUGCGGUCUCAGCUGAAGGACAGUGUUCCUGUGACAGGUCUGUGUCCACAGGCUGGUCCUUAUGGGGUUCAGGACUCUCUUCGCAGAGGGUUUUCAAGUGUAAAGAAUGAGCUGCUACCGAGUCAUCCAUUGGAGCUUUCUGAGAAAAAUUUUCAGCUCAACCAGGACAAGAUGAAUUUCAACACUCUAAGGAACAUCCAGGGUCUCCACGCACCCCUCAAACUACAGAUGGAGUACAGAGCUGCUAGACAGAUUCAGCGUUUGCCCUUCCUUCCAAGCUCAAAUCUGGCCCUGGAUACCCUGAGAGGUUCCGAUGACACCAUUGGCUUCGAGGACAUCCUCAAUGAUCCAAUCCAAAGUGAGAUGAUGGGCGAUCCUCAUAUCAUGACCGAAUACAAACUUGGUAUCCUGUGAGGAUGGCGUUUCACCUCAAGCCCGUAGACUGUGUUAUAUGCAUUGUUUGACCCCAGUUUCUAAUAAAAUGUAAAACUUGAAUUCAGAAAAUUGUUGUUGCAAAA